GGUGCCUGAGCCCCCCAUGCCCAUUGCAGAUGCAGCAAGCAGUGAGGAACGCCCUGAGGGCAAUGCAGAGGAUGAGGAGAAGAAAGAGGUCCUUCUUCCCCGUAAAACUUUGUCCAAGUACCUCAUGUACGGUAAUCCGCCCGUAAAAUAUAACCCUGCCCAACUGGCCAAUUGCUGCUGCUGCCUCCUCCUCUGGACCCACCCGCUGCUACUGAGCUGCCCAGUAAGAGCCGAGUCUGCUAUCCUGGUGCCUCGGCCAGAAGGGGGGUUGUAUGUGGGCUCCUGGGGGGGGCCCCCCACAACCUGCUUCCCUGACCUGUCUACAGCAGGGGGCCAGAAGAGUACUGUUCAGGAGAGACUUGUAUUCAGAAAGCAAAGUGCAUCUGGAAAGGGGCGGACUUGUGCCAUCUCCCUACUUGGGAUGCCUCAAGAAGAACUUUUGUCAGUGCUGGGGCCCCUAUCCAUAUGCCUCUGCUGGGGGCUUCCUUGUUCUCUACAGACUGUUGGAUUCCCUUUCUAGGGCAACAAAAUCUCCCUAAAGAGCCAUGUGUGGGCAUGGCAUCAGGCUAUAAAAUACCAAAGUGGGGCCCUCAGAAUAAGCUUCAACAGCUGAGGAUCCUGCAGAAGGUCAAAGGUCUAAGCCCCAGGGACUUAAUGCUGGUGACAUCCCAGUCUGCUACAUCACUGCUCACUCAUCAGAUGGACUUUCCUCUGGUCCCUGACUACACAUGGUGGAGGGUAGUAUGCUGGCAGCUCUUACCACUUCUCCAUCCUUGGAGGCAGGGGCCUGGACCCAUCCAUCCACCUGACUGGAGCCACUGUCCCAGCUGGAGCUCUCUGAGGCGAAGCCACACACUCUAAGAAGAAAAGCAGCUUGGCCUUAUGGUUGUCAUUCUUCACCUGGAAUGUCAACCUACCAUUCCAGGGGUACCUUCAUCUGAGGCGCCAUGGCCACAUCUGAUCAAAGGCCUCCCCACCUAGUUGCAGGCAGAGGAAAAGGGGACCCUGGAGUCAUCUAUCACCUGGAUUGCAAAUGUUGAGUGUUAUUGCUGCGGUUUGCCACUGAUGGACAUGGGGUCCAUGCCUGCCUCUCAUAAUCCAGGGCAUGAGCCACUCCUGCCAUUCAGUGGCCACCUCAUCAGGAACUACAAGAUGGUGCCCGUACAGGGCUGGGACUGCUGUCUCUCCCCUCAUUUUCCCCCUCUGCCCCUCGCUGAGCCCGGGCACCACCAUUGAACUGUCUGACACCUUGGAGACUGGGCACUGCCCCCCCAAUUUUUCCCCUUGCCCCCCCCUUCGCCCCCCCGGGAGGACUGUGGCUCUGCCGCCAACCACCACGCCGUGCACUCACCUUUUUUGCCAACCCAACCCCCCACCAAUUGCACAGCGCCUAGCAGGGAGGGCUCAUUCUGAUUGGACCGGCGGUUGACUAGAUACAGUACACAGUGAGGUGCGAUUGGCUGAACUGAAGAUCCCAGGUGUGAGAUGAGCUCGAUGCCCAAAUCCUUCAAGAGGAAGAUCUCCGUUGUCUCGGCUACCAAAGGGGUGCCAGCUGGAAACAGUGACACAGAAGGAGGCCAGCCAGGACGGAAGAGGCGUUGGGGGGCUAGCACAGCCACCACCCAGAAGAAGCCCUCCAUCAGUAUCACCACCGAGUCUCUCAAGAGCCUUAUCCCCGACAUCAAACCCCUGGCGGGGCAGGAGGCCAUUGUGGAUCUACAUGCUGAUGACUCAAGGAUCUCUGAAGAUGAGACAGAGCGUAAUGGUGAGGAUGGAACCCACGACAAGGGGCUGAAGAUAUGCCGGACUGUCACACAGGUGGUGCCAGCGGAGGGCCAGGAAAAUGGGCAGCGUGAAGAAGAGGAGGAAGAAAAAGAGCCUGAAGUUGAGCCCCCUGAAGUACCUCAGGUUUCUGUAGAAGUUGCCUUGCCUCCACCUGUGGAGCAUGAAGUAAAAAAAGUGACGCUGGGAGACACUCUGACGCGGCGUUCAAUCAGCCAGCAGAAGUCUGGUGUGUCUAUCACAAUUGAUGAUCCUGUUCGUACAGCCCAGGUGCCCUCACCACCUCGGGGCAAGAUCAAUAACAUUGUCCAUAUCUCCAAUUUGGUUCGUCCCUUUACCUUAGGCCAGUUGAAGGAGUUGCUGGGUCGUACGGGGACCCUGGUGGAAGAAGCCUUCUGGAUAGAUAAAAUCAAGUCCCAUUGCUAUGUCACGUAUUCAACAGUAGAGGAAGCUGUUGCCACUCGAACAGCUCUGCAUGGAGUCAAGUGGCCCCAGUCCAAUCCCAAAUUCCUGUGUGCUGACUACGCAGAGCAGGAUGAGCUGGACUUUCACCGAGGCCUCUUGCCUGACCGACCCUCUGAGCCUAAAGCUGAGGAGCAGGGAGGCCCACGGCCCCUGCACCCUCCGCCCCCGCCCCCAGCCCAGCCACCUCAUCAUCCCAGGGCAGAGCAGAGGGAGCAGGAGCGGGCAGUGCGGGAGCAGUGGGCAGAGCGAGAGCGAGAGAUGGAGCGACGGGAACGUACUCGAUCAGAACGGGAGUGGGACCGGGACAAGGUUCGUGAAGGGCCCCGUUCCCGGUCUCGCUCCCGUGACCGCCGUCGAAAGGAACGCGCCAAGUCCAAAGAGAAGAAGAGUGAAAAGAAAGAAAAAGCCCAGGAGGAACCACCUGCCAAGCUGUUGGAUGACUUGUUCCGUAAGACCAAGGCAGCGCCCUGCAUCUACUGGCUUCCUCUGACUGACUGCCAGAUUGUUCAGAAGGAGGCCGAGCGGGCCGAGCGGGCCAAGGAGCGUGAGAAACGGCGAAAAGAGCAAGAGGAAGAAGAACAGAAAGAACGAGAGAAGGAGGCUGAGCGAGAGCGCAGCCGGCAGCUAGAGAGGGAGAAACGUCGAGAGCACAGCCGGGAGAGGGAAAGAGAGCGGGAGCGGGAGAGGGACCGGGGGGAUCGGGAUCGGGAUCGGGAACGGGAACGGGGCCGGGAGAGGGAUCGUCGGGACACCAAGCGGCACAGUCGGAGCCGCAGCCGCAGCACCCCAGUGCGAGACAGGGGUGGACGCCGCUAGCUGCAGCCCCCCCCACCCUAAGGAAAGCCUCAGGCAUCAGCCACCCUGCUGGUGGGGGGUAAGAGCCACAAAGGGAUGGGCACUGCCACCACCUUCACCCCUGAGGGUAUUGCACAGAAUUACCUGUGCUGAAGUGCAUCCCUCUUUUUGUUCACAGAACACGGGGAGAAGUGGCUGUGUGCUGCCCCAUGUGCCCUUCAGCCUUUUCCCCAAACCCCAUUUCUGAAUCUGUGUAGGGCUAAGACCCAUUUUGGGGGGAGGGGGGAGGGGGUAAAGGUUAAUCUUAAAGAUGGGAAGCAGCCUGGGGACUCAGCAUCCUCCAUGUCUCCCUCAUCCUUCUCUCCCCAUCUUUCAUUUUCCCUCUAACUUGUUCUCCUUUCAUUCCCUUCCCCUCUCUUCCCCUACGGGGAUCUCACCUCCCCUCGGGAAUAGCUGGGGUCAGGACUGGGGCACCUAUGAGCUGAAUCAGCAUCUCUCCUCCCGAGUCCCCAGGCCCCUGCAGUUCCUGAAGUAUUUCCCUCUUGCCCUUCAGCCUCCACCUGGCCCACAAGUUCCACUUUAUAUCCACCUUUUCCUUCUGUUCUAUUUUUAUUUUUAUUUUUUUUAUUAUUAAAUGAUGUGGUCUAUGGAAAAAAUAAAAAUCUGACUUAGUUUUA